UGCAAGCGUUUACCGAUCUUUGACAGAGGAUCCAAUUUUCAAGAGAUUUGACAUAUUAUUCUUGUUUUCAAUGCUUAAGAUGCUGUCUGACUAAUUAGUUAAUCUAAAGGAGUAUUAGAUGCUGCGCAGAGAGAUAUAAACCAACCAUCUAUCAUCCACCCCACUGACAAGAUGCUGAACAUGGAUGCAUAUAAACAAAUAUUAUCAUGUGGAAAAGGAUUGACCCACGUUAUAUAUAUUAUUUUCCCAGCAGAUUAGGGGAAUGGGAAUCCACUCUCAGAGAACUCAGUGGUCGAUAUGACGAUUGACCAAGGCUAUUUAACUUUUCUAUUCAAGACUGCAGAUGAUUCUCAAACAAUUAUAUUCUACACUCAUUGGAAGGUACCAGUCAAGAAUCAAGAAGAGAAUAUGUAUUAAACUAAUGUCAAAUUUGGAAGCUUAAAGCAAUGAAAGUGUGAAGAAGAAUUUGCUCAUAUGGAAAAACCAGCUCUAUUUAUAGAGUUAUAAGUUGCAGAGAGAACUUCUAGGGCUCUAACAUAGAAAAUUUAAAUACAGAGCAAGCGACCGGUCAAGAUGAAGAAAUGCAUAAACUGGUACCCGGUUUUCAUAAUGAUAGCGAUUGAUCUGGCCUUUGCCAUUAGUAACAUACUUCUCAAGAAAGUCGUCACUGAUGGGAUGGAUCAUUUGGUCUUCAUCACAUACCGGCAGUCAAUUUCCACAAUCUUCUUAUCUCCAUUGGCAUUCUUUUUGGAAAGGAAGAGCAGACCUAAACUGACAUCAAGCAUCUUAUGUCACCUUUUCUUGAGUGCAAUUGCCGGGGCAUCUCUAACUCAAUACUUAUUCCUUGUCGGUAUAGAAUACACAUCUGCAACUUUCGCAUGCGCCUUUGUCAAUAUGGUUCCUGUAGUCACAUUUUUAAUGGCAUUACCUUUUCGGUAUGUAACCCUUUUGCACCAUUUCCUUUCACAAUUAUUUCCCAUUUUUCUUCGCCUCGUACAUAAAUUCAUUCAUCUUUCGUUGUUAUUCCAUUGUGGGUUACGUAGUUUGGAGAGUAUUAACUUAAAGUACAGUAGUGGAAGGGCAAAAGUGAUAGGUACACUAGUGUGCCUUGGAGGUGCCAUCUUAUUGACUGUCUACAGAGGAAUACCUUUAGUUCAUUUUUCAGGUUCUCAACAUGUUACUCAAUCUAUCAAGCUGAGCUCAUCUAAAAGAAGUGAAAGGUGGACGAUUGGCUCUUUGGCCAUGUUAGCAGGAACAUUUUUAUGGUCCUCAUGGUUCCUUCUUCAAGCAAAUAUUGGGAAUAGAUACCCUUGCCAGUACUCCAGUACCGCUAUCAUGACCUUCUUUAGUGCAGUACAGUCUGCCUUAUUUAGUUUGUCGAUUAACAGGAACCACUCCAUCUGGUAUUUGGACAGAAAAACAGAUAUUAUCGCUGUCAUUUAUGCUGGGAUGGUAGGAUCAGGAUUGUGCAUUGUGGGAAUGUCAUGGUGCGUAAAGAAAAGAGGGCCGGUCUUCACGGCAGCAUUCAGCCCUCUUGUUCAGAUCAUGGCGGCCAUGUUUGAUGUUCCAAUCCUACACGAACAACUUCAUCUUGGAAGUUUAAUAGGAUCAAUCACUGUAAUGGCUGGAUUGUACAUGCUGCUGUGGGGUAAGAACAAAGAAAUGAAAAACCAAGAGAUAAAAGUAGUGCAGUCUGAAGAAACUCAAGAGACAAAGGAACAAGAGCCACAGUUCCAAGUCAUAGGAAUAACAAGCGAAUCAUGAUGACGAAUGAGACUGUGUUGUAGUCGAAGAACUUUUACAUGGUUUUCACCUCAGUUUUAAGUUUACAUAAAGUGACAUUAUCUAAUCUACAGAGAAUGACAAGAACCAUACUCCAAUCUCCUUUCUUGUCAUCCCACGAGCUUUCAUUUAUCAGUAAUUUUCAGUUGAUUCUA